CCAUCAUAAACAGUUUUACUCCGGAUCUGGUCUUCGACAAACGUCCACUGUUUUACGUCCUUUUCAAAGGUGCUCUACACAAUUUCAAAGCGUAACUUGAACGUGUCCGUUAUAGCUUCGCCCGUGCCAAUUUUUCGAAAACGUGCGACACAGUUCAUUUUCAUCGGUGAACUAGUUUUUGAAACUGUAAAAAUAACAAAACAAUGGGAAUGAAAAUGGGUGUUGAAAAUUCGGACAGGUUCGUUACAUCGCAUCGGAUGGGUGAAACGAACAAUAACGCAACUGGUAGUGCCGUGCACGGAGUCAUCGUACGGAACGCGAUCAAAACUUACGGUGUAGGAAGCAACCGCUAUGCAGUCCUCAAUGAGCUAAACAUGACGGUUAAAAAAGGAACGAUAUAUGGAUUACUGGGAGCCAGUGGUUGUGGUAAGACAACUCUGUUAAGUUGUCUCGUCGGCCGUCGCAGUUUAAAUAGCGGGGAGCUGUUAGUCUUGGGUCAUGAGCCCGGCUCUUUAAACAGUGGGAUACCCGGUCCAAAGGUCGGCUACAUGCCCCAAGAAUUGGCCCUGUAUGGAAACUUCACUAUCAAGGAGACGCUAUUUUUCUUCGGUGGUAUCUACAAGUUAAAGGCGACAUUCAUCAACUCGCAGUGUGAAUUUCUGUCUAAAUUGUUGGAUUUGCCUCCGUGCGAUCGUUACGUCCAGACGCUGAGCGGCGGUCAGCAGCGCCGCGUGUCGUUCGCCGUUGCGCUGUUUCACGAGCCGGAAUUGCUUAUUUUAGAUGAACCAACUGUUGGUGUGGACCCUUUGCUAAGUCACAGCAUUUGGAAUCACCUCGUGCGUCAAAGUACCGAACAUGGAAGAACCGUCAUCGUCACAACCCACUACAUCGAAGAAGCACGUCAAGCUCACACGAUUGGUAUGAUGCGUUCUGGUCGCUUGCUGGUCCAAGAUUCACCCGAAAAUCUGCUGAAUAAUUACAGAGCUCUGUCGCUAGAAGAUGUCUUUCUUAAGCUGUGCAUUAAAGAUGAUGGUAAGAAUCCACUCGACCGUGAAACUGCGACAAAUGCAAACGAUUCAAAUCCUGUUGCUGCUCCAAUACGAAACUCGACAAGACGCAAUUCGAAUCUGGCGCGUAACAUCAAUCAAAUUGACACAUCAGAAACAGAACAUCCGUCUUCCGGUAAGAGUCCGUGUUUCAAAAUACCCCAGAUGUCUGCGCACCGCAUCGGCGCAUUAAUUCGAAAGAACUACAUACUGUCCUUUCGAAAUAUUGGGAUAUUUUUGUUCACCUAUUUUUUACCUGCUUUGCAAGCAUCUCUGUUCAAUGUGACCCUUGGGCACGAGCCGACUGGCCUCAGGAUGGCGAUCGUUAAUGAUGAGCUGGAUGUUAACCAAGGACGCGUCUGCAAUUACACGAUGGAUUGCGAAUACUCGAUGCUCAGCUGUCGUUAUCUUCGAUACAUUAAAGACAAUAUUAUACAGGUCCAGUAUGCAAAUGUAUCGGAUGCUUUGGAGGCCGGAAGAAAAGGCCAAGUCUGGGGAGUGGUACGUUUUAGCUGGAACUUUUCGAAAGAGUUUGAAAUGCGGGAGUUGAAUGGUGAUGCAGCUGAUUUAGCAAAUAUUAUUGGCAGUCAAAUUGGCAUCAACAUUGAUUCUUCCAAUCAACAAAUUGGUUUGUUUAUUGAAAAAUGGCUUUUGGAUGCCUUUGGAGACUUUGUCAGAGAUUUUAGAAGAGCGUGUGGGAACGUGCCGGAAGCGGGUCUCUUACCUGUUGCGUUUCUCGAUCCAAUCUACGGCCAAAAGAGCACCCCGUUCACCGAAUUCAUGGCACCUGGUCUAAUCAUAUCGAUCGUAUACAACAUGGCUGUUGCUCUAACGGCAGGCGUUUUCAUCACUGAAAGGAAACAAGGUCUACUGGACCGCAGUUUAGUGGCAGGCGUGAAAAUGCCUGAAAUUUUGUUGAGUUACCUGAUAAACCAGUUCACCGUUUUGGUUGGUCAAACGGCUUUGGUUUUCGUGGUUAUGCUAUUGGUGUUCAACAUUCCGUGUCAAGGUAAUCUAGCCGUUGCUGUAUUGAUCACUCUGCUGCAGGGUCUUGUCGGCAUAUCGUUUGGGUUGUUGAUAUCCACUGGAUGCGAUAAUGAAAUGGGUGCCCUUUCACUUUCACAGGCCAGUUUCCUUCCAUUAUUAGUUAUCAGUGGCAUCUGUUGGCCGAUUGAAGGUAUGCCGUUAUAUCUACGUAAGGUCGCCUAUGUCAUGCCGUUGACGUACGCCAUCGAAUCUGUGAGAUGCAUCUUUUCACGAGGAUGGGGCGUAGAGAAAUCCAACGUUUAUGCCGGGAUUUUGGUUAGUUUUGCGUGGAUUUUCGCGUUCUUGGCUCUUUGCUUGAUUGUCGCUCGUAUUCGCAAGUUUGCCAGUUAAAACUCGGUGAUUUGAUUUAAGAGAAUCGUUGACUUUUGUAUGCCUUCGAGAUUAAGUGAAUGGAAGUCAAAAUUAGUGUAUCAUUGGGUUUCUAUUUUUACUCAGGUGUUACAUUUUGAGCUUACAAAAAAGCGCAUUUUAGUGUGUAGCUAACAAGCUUGCAUUUUUAAAAAAUAUUCAUGUUUAACUUUUCUAGAGCUUGUUAACUAAAAAAUGUAAAAGCCGACCCAAUUCGUCUAAACGAAAGUCAAGUUUUGUACCAGUUUUCCGCAUAUUUGGGUGUGUAGGUAUUUUUUCAUCCAAUAUUGGCAGGUUAUGCAGAUUUACAGCGGUAACGUUGAUAUGCUUGGACGAAAUCCUGAUUGUUACCUGAUGAAAAUUGUAUGCGAUGAAAGAACCAAUAUAGGAAAAUUAAAUGGUUUUCACUUA